AUGGGAUUCGGUGGAGGCCGAGGUGGACGCGGCGGUGGCAGAGGACGAGGCCGUGGAGGCGGCGGCGGAGGUUUCAAAAGAUACGAAGAUCAGGGCCCUCCGGAGUCUGUCCUCGAACUUGGAACAGUUUCACACACCUGCCAGGACGACCUCGUUGUGAAAUGCACGAACGAGAAGAUCCCAUAUUUCAACUCGCCCGUCUAUCUCGAAAACAAAGAGAAAAUCGGCAAAGUCGACGAAAUCUUUGGCCCCAUCACCGACUUCUUCCUCUCUGUCAAGUUAGACAACAACAUGAAGGCAGAAUCGUUUGCCAAGGACAAGAAAUUCUUCUGCGACCCUGCCAAGCUUCUCCCUCUCAGCAGAUUCCUCCCACAGCCCAAGAAGCCAGCCGGAAAGGUGGCUAAACCAGCUGGUCGCGGAGGUGGUCGAGGCGGCCGUGGUGGUCGAGGAGGACGCGGAGGUUUUGGUGGCCGUGGAGGCGGCCGAGGAGGAUUUGGUGGCCGUGGAGGCGGCCGAGGAGGAUUUGGAGGUCGUGGCGGCGGCCGAGGUGGUGGCCGCGGCGGAGGACGAGGAGGCGGCCGUGGAUCCGGCGGCUUCAAACGAAAGUUCGACUGA